AAAACAUAAAGGGGGUUUCACUUCAAGCCCUAGCUGAGGAUUUUUGCUUCUCCGAUUGAUCGGCGCUCUCUUCAGGUUUGUGAUGGUGCGUGCUAAAGGCAAAACCGAUGCCUCAACUAAUAGAUCUGGAAGUGCUCCUGUUGCUUCUGAAGCUGUUUUGACAAAAGACUCCAGCGAGAUGGAAAACAACGUCGAAACUGGAGUCUUUGUGGAAACAGCAGUAACUGAGCAAACAACGAUCACUGCUGUUGCAGAAGAAGAAAAUGAUGGAGCAGAAGCUGAAACUUUGGAGGAAGAAAACAAUGGAUCAGAGGAAGAAAACGAUGGGUCAGAGGAAGAAAACAAUGGAUCAGAGGAAGAAAAUGAUGGAUCAGAAGAAGUAAAUGAUGGAGCAGAAGCUGAAAUAGUGGAGGAAAAAAAUGAUGGAUCAGAAGAAGAACAUGAUGGAGCAGAACUUGAAUCUUUAGAGGGAGAGCUUGCUAAGAAUGAAGAUUAUAAAGAAAGUGAAGUGGUUGGAGGGGAUGAAGCAUGUACUGCUGAUAAGAAAGCAGAAGAUGCUAAUGGUAAUGAUGAAGGUACUAAGCAAGGAACUGCCAUAGAACAGGAAGGUGUUAAACAGAGUGUAGGUAUGGAAAAAAAUGAAGAUGAAAUAAAUGCAAAGAAUAAGGAGGAAGUGGAAGGAAGUUUGAAACAAAAAACUAAGAGAUCGAGGAAAAGGAAUAAUGAUAGGAAGAGAAAGGCAAAUGGACCCCCCCAAGAAAAAGGUGAAGAUAAGCAAGUUCAAAAGAAAGUAGCCUCUAUUGGCAAGGGUGAGAAAGUCUCGGGAAAAUUGGACUCAAAAACUCUUGAGCAAAGCUCUAAGAAAGUUGCUUAUGAAGAUAACUCUAGGGUGGCCCCAAAGGAUAUUGAUCUUGAAGGCAAAGACAAACCUGAGUCAUUAAGAAAGAAGUCUUCUGCAAAGAAGAAGGCUAAUAGCAUGGGUAUGAUCUUCAUGUGCAACUCUGAGACUAAGAAGGAUUGCUAUCGUUACAAGGUUCUAGGAUUGCCAGCAAACAAGAAAGAGACCGUGGAAAAAAUUUACAAGGGGAUGCGGCUUUUCCUAUAUGAUAUUGACUUGAAGUUGAUGUAUGGGAUCUACAAAGCUGCAGGACGUGGUGGUUGUAACAUUCAACCCAAGGCGUUCAACUCUCAAUUUCCAUCUCAGGUUCGUUUUACUGUACUUGAGGAAUGCUUACCACUAGCAGAGGAAACUUUCAGGCAAGCAAUAAAGAAAAACUAUUACACCAGGGGCAAGUUCCAUUGCCAAUUAUCCUCUGAACAGGUGAAGGACCUGUGCAAGCUUUUCGGUACUGUGGGCAAAGGGUCCAGGUCCAAAGACACACAACUCAGACCUGAGACCGAUGUGGUACCCAAACGAGACAGAGCUAAGAGGCAUGGUCUGGAUGAAAGAAGACGUCCUGAUCGCGCUCGACAAUUUGAGCCGGUUGAAGACCGUCGGUACCGCGAGCAGGUUGAAGAUCGUCGGUACCGUGAGCAGGCUGAAGAUCGUCUGUACCGUGAGCAGGUUGAAGAACGUGGGUACCGUGAACAUCCCCAUUUGCAUGGAAGGGGCUUGAUUACAUCUACUUUGAUUCCAUUAGCCCCUCUUCAACCUUUACCACCACCUGUUCAAUCUUAUGCAUAUAACAGGACUUUGGGAAGAGAUCCUUAUGGACAGGACACAGUGAUACAGCAUAAUGAUUCUUACAGGCAGAGGCGAUUGGUGGAACUCGCUGAUCCUUAUAGGCGGGACACUGUGAUAGGCAAUCCUGAUGUUCACAGAGCAUUGGUAGAGUCACAUGAUCACUACAGACGGGAGGGAAUCCCAGAGCCUCGUGAAUAUCAUCUGCCUCUGAAUUUGGAAAGUAGACUCCAGGUUGCUGGUGGAAUUAAUGAUUCAUAUGUGCCAUACCGUGAGCGUCUAUCAUACCAUGAUCCUCCUCAUAACUCAGUGCGCUCGCAGCGUGAGUUUAACCCCCCUCCAGCUGGUUUGCGAUCAGAAUACCUCCAUGGUGGUACAUCUACUGUGUUCAGUUCUUCCAGAACCAUGCUUCCUGAGUACCCUUCAUCUGCAGCGGGCCCUCUGUACGGGCACCCUCAUCGACGUCAACAUCGUUUUUAGGUUUACAAUAAAGGUACCAUCACAUGAGGUUCUGGUAAUCAGAAUCAUGCACAGCUUAAAACUUGAGACUAUCUAAAAUGUUAUGUUAGUUCUCCAUUCUUGCUGUAAGCAAGAGAUUUAGUAGGAGAUGUUAUGCUUGUGUUUUGAUCGAACUUUUAGAUCAAACUAUUAUUUCCUUUCAAUGGAGACAUACCUUAUGUGACAAUGUUAUCUUUUAUUUUCA